AUGCUCUCUAGACAAUUUAAAAGCGUCCUUGCAGGAUAUAAGGGUUAUUUAGGUACAAAUUCGAGAGGUUUAGUUCGUUGUUUGUCCAACAGCAAAUCUGGAUUAUUAGCCACUAAUAGCGCAAGUGGAGGCAUUCAUACACCAACGGUUGUUGAGCCUCCUACUGCUGUGCCUCCAGAAGGAUCAUCCAUCAGCUUAAAGAAUGCAUCUAGAGAUGAUUCGAAAUUUGGUAGCCGGCCCAUUUACUUAGAUGUGCAGGCAACUACUCCUACUGACCCCCGAGUUUUGGAUAAGAUGUUAGAAUUUUACACAGGUUUGUAUGGAAAUCCACAUUCAUCAACUCAUGCUUAUGGAUGGGAAACAGACAAGGAAGUCGAGUUGGCACGUAAAUAUAUUGCAGAGGUUGUUAAUGCUGAUCCCAAGGAGAUUAUUUUCACGUCAGGUGCCACCGAGAGUAACAAUAUGGCGAUCAAAGGUGUCCCAAGAUUCUAUUCUAAAACCAAAAGACAUAUAAUAACAACUCAAACUGAGCACAAAUGUGUUCUUGAUUCAGCAAGACACAUGCAAGAUGAAGGAUUUGAAGUAACUUAUUUGCCUGUUAAUAGUGAGGGUUUGAUAAGUUUGGAAGAUUUAGAAAAAGCUAUCCGUAAAGAUACUGCGAUUGUUUCUGUUAUGGCGGUUAAUAAUGAGAUUGGAGUUAUUCAACCUAUCAAAGAAAUUGGAGAAAUUUGCCGUAAGAAUAAAGUUUUCUUCCAUUGUGACGCAGCUCAAGCGUAUGGUAAAAUUAAAAUGGAUGUCAAUGAAAUGAAAAUUGAUUUAAUGUCAAUUUCCUCUCAUAAGAUAUACGGUCCUAAGGGCAUUGGUGCCUGUUACGUGAGAAGACGCCCAAGAGUUAGAUUGGACCCGAUCAUCUCUGGCGGUGGCCAAGAAAGAGGACUUAGGUCUGGUACCUUGGCUCCACCAUUAGUUGCCGGAUUUGGAAAAGCUGCAAAGCUUAUGAUGGAGGAAGGCGAAUAUGAUCAACAAUAUAUUCAUAAGCUCUCUGAAAAAUUGAAAAAUGGUUUGUUAUCUAUUCCUUCUACCCAACUUAAUGGAUGUACGAGUAACCCAGACGCACAAUAUGCUGGGUGUGUCAAUGUUUCGUUUGCUUAUAUUGAGGGCGAAUCUUUACUUAUGGCAUUAAAAGAUAUUGCUUUGUCGUCCGGAUCAGCUUGUACUUCAGCAUCGUUGGAGCCAUCGUACGUUUUGCACGCUUUAGGUGCUGACGAUGCCUUAGCUCACUCUUCCAUUCGUUUUGGUAUUGGUAGAUUCACUACAGAAGCAGAAGUUGAUUAUGUUAUCAAUGCAAUCCACGAGAGAGUUGAAUUUUUGAGAAAAAUGUCACCUUUGUGGGAAAUGGUACAAGAAGGUAUAGACUUGAAUAGUAUUGAGUGGAGUGGUCAUUGA